UCAUCGAGUGGGCGUGGUCUAUUUUUACAGGAAGACUCGUGGAGCAGCACGUGGUUCUUUCAAUGCAAAUGACACCUUACUUGUCAACCAAGCAGAAUUUAGAUAAUGUUACAACCUGAUAUUGAUUUACGAUAAUGAUUGAAGGAAAACAGCUGAGCAAGUCGGUGCAGAUCGCAGUUUUGAGACAUCAUCAGUCCAGAGGUGGUGGGAGGCUGCAGGAUGUGAAGAGACAGAAUACAGCAGCAGAGACAGAGACAGAGGACAGCAGUAAACCCACUCAGGAGAUUAGCGUCCACAUGUCCCGGCAGCAGGAACACUGUCCGACUUUGUAAACCUCUCUAUAGUCCGAGUGUGGUGGUGGGAGGAGCAUUACAGGCUUCUCAUUCACUCCUUCAGACCUGCACAGACACACAGUGGGCUGGAUGGUGAGCAGAUCUCAGAGCAGAGCCACCAGACAAGAUGCCAGGAGAUGGGUUCACCAUUAAAACUCGCCUCAGGAAUUUGCUUCGUUCUCCAUCAACCAAACACAAGAAGAACAAGAAAGAGAGUCUCACCAGCAAGGUGACUUUGGAGAAGGUGCUAGGAAUCACAGCUUCAGGAAACAGUGGUCUGGCUUGUGACCCCCGAUCUGGACGAGUCGCCUAUCCUGCAGGAUGUGUGGUAGUUUUGCUGAACCCCAAAAAGAAGAGAGAGCACCACAUUAUCAACACGUCAAGAAAGACCAUCACGGCUCUGUCCUUCUCCCCUGAUGGCAAGUACUUGGUCACAGGAGAGAGCGGUCACCUGCCAGCGGUGAGACUGUGGGACGUGGCAGAGCGGAGACAGGUGGCGGAGCUCCAGCAGCACAAAUAUGGCGUCUCCUGCGUGGCUUUCUCCCCCAACGGCAAAUACAUUGUCAGUGUGGGAAACCAGCAUGACAUGAUGGUCAACGUCUGGGUGUGGAAGAAAGAUGUAGUUGUGGCUGCCAACAAGGUAUCCAGUAAGGUGACAGGUGUGUCUUUCUCUGAGGACAGCUCCUACUUUGUCACUGUGGGGAACAGACAUGUCAAGUUCUGGUAUCUGGACCACUGCAAGGCCAGCAAGGCCAACGCUCCUGUCCCUCUGCUGGGCCGCUCCGGGCUGCUGGGGGAGCUGAGGAACAACUUCUUCUGUGAUGUGGCCUGUGGACGGGGCUCCACAUCUGACUCCGUCUUCUGCAUCACCUCCUCCGGCCUGCUGUGUGAGUUUAACAGCAAGAGGAUGCUGGACAAGUGGGUGGACCUGCGGACGGGCGUGGCCCAGUCUCUGUCUCUGUCUGAGGAUAUGAUCUUCUGCGGCUGUGCCGAUGGAACGGUGCGAGCCUUCAGCUCUGUCGACCUUCACUUCUCCUGCACGUUGCCGCGGCCGCACCCCCUCGGCUCUGAUGUCUCGGCCAUCACGGAAGCCAGCCACCUGUUUUCCACCAAGACGGACGCCCGUUACCCAGACGCCAUUGCUGUUACCUACGACCCCAUCAGCCAGUGGCUCAGCUGUGUCUAUAAUGACCACAGUCUGUACGUGUGGGAUGUGAGAGAUGUCAACAGGGUGGGGAAGGUGCACUCUGCCCUCUUCCACGCUGCCUGUGUCGGGGACCUGGAGAUGUUCCCAGAUGUUCCUGGUGAAUUUGGAGCUGGUUUGUCAUCAGGUGCGUUCCUUAGCUGCUCGGCCGAUAACACCAUCAGACUGUGGCGCGUGAACGAUUGGACACAAACUCCCGUUCAUUCUCAGAACAUCCUCAGCAGUGAUCUCCUGAAUAUAAUCUACAUAGACGGAAACACUAGCGCCUUGCUGGAUCCAGAGUGUCUGACAAAUAUGAACGCAGACAAACCAGGAGAUGGACCGACAGCAGAAAGCAAGACCGGCAUCAGGACCAUCUGUAUCAGUCCAGACGGCAAACACCUGGCAUCUGGAGAUCGCAACGGGAUGCUGAGGGUUCAUGACCUCAGCAGCUUGGAGGAGAUUCUGAAAGUGGAGGCCCAUGAUGCUGAGAUCCUCUGUCUGGAAUACAGUAAACCAGAAACAGGUCUGAAGCUGCUGGCCACCGCUAGCAGGGACCGUCUGAUCCACGUCUUGGACGCCGAGGAUGACUACAGUCUGGUGCAGACACUCGACGAGCACUCCUCAUCCAUAACAGCCGUCCGCUUUGCUGCCAAUGACAACAAGGUGAGGAUGAUCAGCUGUGGGGCAGACAAGAGCAUCUAUUUCCGCACUGCACACAAGACUGACAGAGGAACAGAGUUCAGGCGUUCUCACCACAUGGUGAGGAAGGCCACGCUGCAUGACAUGAGUGUAGACCCCACCUGCAAGUACGCUGCUGUCGGCUGUCAGGACCGCUGCAUCAGGAUUUUCAACAUCAGCAGCGGCAAGCAGAAGAAACUCUACAAGGGAUCGCUGAGUGAGGACGGCAGUCUGCUCAGGGUCCAGCUCGAUCCGUCAGGUCAAUACGUGGCCACAAGCUGCUCCGAUAAAAACAUCAGCAUCUUUGACUUCUUCACCGGGGAGUGUGUCGCCACUAUGGGCGGACACUCUGAGAUUGUGACCGGGAUGAAGUUCACCAACGACUGCAAGCAUCUGAUUUCUGUGUCAGGGGACAGCUGUAUCUUUGUGUGGCGACUGGCUCCCGAACUGACAAUCAGCAUGAGAGAGAGGCUCUGCCAACUCCGACAAAAUCCAAACACACCAUUCUGCAACAAGACCCCCGGUCUCAGGCGAGAGGUGUACAGCGCCCCCACUCUGGCUGGUCUGUCCUCUGACAGCGACCGUGAGCAUGAGGAGGAGGACGCAGCAGAGAACGACGACCCCAACGACCCUGAAGACGUCGCAGUCAAUACAUCCUCUGACAGCAGCCAUGGAGACGAGGACACAGGUGGCUCAGAUGAAGGACAGGACUGGGAGCUGGCAAAGCACGGAGUCAUCAGCCAGGUCACACCCGACCCCUCUAAACGUCCUCGGAGGCGCUGGUCUCAUCGUAUGGGCUCCAUGGAGCUGAAGGUGAAAUCCAUGCUGGACCUAAGGCAGCUGGAGACCUUUGCUCCCAAGAAAAACCCCAACUGCUCCCCUCAUGACCGAGAGAGACGGAGCAUGUUCAGCCUCCAGGAGCCAGUGCUGCAGUCGGAGGAGAGAGCCAAGAGGCAUCGGGCCUGGCCACAUGCUGACUGGCUGUCCUCGCACCCAUCCAAGGGCAUCAGGGGGGCCGAUGGAGCCGUGCUGUACCCCGAGGAGGAUGAGGGCGAUGCAAGUCUGCAGGGCGGUGAUUACAUGGUGAAGGAGCAGCACUGCAGGAUGCAAGGGCGAAGGAUCCGCAGUGAGAGCAAGGAAAGCCGCAGCCUGGACAGCGCUUGCUCUCUGGGAUACGACAGCAGGGAGUCCAGCCCGGAUCCUGUCCUGGAUGACUCUGCAGAUGUGGAGUCCCUGAGCGAGGACAGCUCUGAUGAGGAGAAUGACGAGAGGAAGGAGGAAGAUGAGCAAAGUUCAGAACUGACGAGUAUGGAUGAGGCUCUGAGGACAGUGACUGACAGGGCUGACGUCAGUCAAGAAGAUUUCAUCAAGCAGAACUUUGAGACAUUGGAGGAGAGCAGCAGCAGCAGCAGCACGGCUGAGCAGAGCAGAGUCCCUCGGCUCAGUAUGUCUUCACGCUUCCUGGCCAGAGGACAUAAUAACAGGGGCAUAUCUCUGUUUGCCAAAGUGCAUGGAAAGGAACAAGGCAGCCACUCUGCCAAGCCCCCUGUGUCAAAAGUGCGGCCCUUGAUGGAAGAUAGCCAGAGCAGAAACACGGAAGACAAGACCCCCGUGUCCCCUGGCAUGAUCGAGGGGCCAAACAGGGCAGAUGCUCCAGAGAGAGACUGUGCUCCGACACUUAGACCCCAGAAGAAGACGAAGACUUCAGGGUUCCACCUGUGGCGGCUGUCCAGCCCUCCGUCCAAAGCUCCGCAGCUGCUGGACAGUGGGACGUGUUUACAGAAAUCACACUCUGCCCAGGACCUGGCCUCAGACCCUCCUCGCUCCCCUGUGCCCUCUAGUGACCGAAGGGAGAUGCGCAAGAGACCUCAGCAUCUUUCCCUGGAUCAGGACACUCCCAAGCCUUCCUUCCACUUUUCUUCCCCCUCCUCCGGGUCCCCCCAGUCUCCCCGUUCCCCUCUGCCCUGGGACAGCCCCAAACUCAAGCCCCCCCACUCGUACAUGAACCCCACUGCCAGCUCCAUGGCCAAAAGCAGCCGCUCCACCUCGUUGGGAGAUGUGCUCCUGACUCCACCUCUCUCCCCCUCCUUCCUCAGGAGCAGGAGGUCAUGUGGGGAGCUGGAGGUCGAACCUCCCCUGCUCUCCUCGUCUCCUGUCGCCGCUUUCCCCUCUACUGUCACAUCAACAUCACCCCCCUUAACAUGUCCUCUACCAAACAGUCCCUCCCCAACUCCUCCCCAUCCCACAGCUGCAGUUUCACCCACCCAGUUUCAGCCCUCCCGCAUCCCGCUUCCCAAACAGCAACUCAGUCCUCGCCGCAGCCUCUGCCUGGAGGCGAUGCCGAGGGCUUCCACUCCUACCGACGUCACACCUACUCCAGGAAACAGAGCACCGGGCAGGAACAUGUCUUUGGAUCCUACUUUGCCAAGUUCACUACCAGUGAGGCAGAAGAGAGACUCUGUUUCAGAGAGUGCCAAGGAGCCGUUACAGGUGGCCGUGGCCAAAGAGUGCCCUCUGGUGCCCGAACAGACCCACACAACGAGCUCAGAUCCCCAUCCAGAUCACUCCAUCACCUUGGAAACUUGUAGGCAGGCUGUUACGGAGCUUCACAACAGUCUGAGGAAAACUGCCAUGCUCUAUACUACGAUGCUACAAAGCGGCCAAGAACCCAGUGAAGACCAGCAAGAAAUGAGGAGCAUCCUGUCAGGGGCCCUGUUCACGGUCAAGACUGAGCUGGACUCUCUGCCUCACCCCGUCUCACAGUGUGAAGGGCCCCGAGUGGACCACGGGGUCAAAGGUGAAGGAGAGAAGGCCCUGGCUCUGCUGGAGCAGUACGCCGAGCUGCUGCUGAAGUCUGUGGAGAGGAGACUCGACACCAAGACGUGAGGAGAUGGACUGAUGUGUAUGUACACACAGUCAGACACACGCACACACACGGUAGUACUGUGAAUCACACUCUUGUUAUUUGCAGAGAUCUUUUGAAACUUUAUUUAUGGACUGAAUGCAGAUGAGAUGUCAUUAUAUUUGGAGAAGCUGAAAGAAAUGAAUGCUGAGUAUUAUGCACAGG